AUGCCCAGGAGGAAGAACGCUUUUCUGUCCGAUGGAUCAGAUUCGGAAGCUUCCAACUCUGGUGAAUCAAUAGCAGAUUAUGAUUCUCAGGAAGACGAUGAUUCGAGAGCCGAGAGGAGAUUGUUUGAGCACAAGGGCAAGAGACGUAAGACCGCUGGAGGUAGGAGUGGUAAAGAAUCUGCUUGGGAAGGUAUAUUCGGUGAAGAGCCUGAAGAAGGACAUGGUGGACGAGGUUUAGGAUCGAGAAGUAAAGGUGCAAGUAGCUCGAAAAGAACGGAUUGGACCAAAGCUCCAGCAUUCGUAUCUUCCCAUCCGGCCAAGGUAGGGGAAGAUGAAGAAGACAAAUCGGUCGAUGAGGAAUCGGAUGAAGAUGAAGACGAAGGUGAUUCAGCGGACAGCUCGGGUUCGGAAGAUGAAGAUGAAGAUGUCGAAGAGGAGUCUCGUCAACCGUCUCCAAGAAUUAGAGAUGAAGAGGAGGAAGAAAACUACCCCAAGGGACAAUCAGGUUUAGGAUCUGCAAAUGGUUUCGCACCUGCUAGAACGAUACCUGCGGAUAGCAAAGCAGAACCCUCCAGAUCUAGUGGUGGGAGAGGGGGUUUUGGAUCAUCGUCACGGGGUGGAGGGGGGAUAGGCUCAUCCAGUCGAUUAGUCGACAAUGCUUCAACACCUACUGAAACCUCUAGAGAAGGUCCUACAGGCGGAUUGGGAUCAUCGCAAGCGCCUGUUCAACCCAUUGACGAAUCCGCUCCUCCAACAAACGUACCUUCAGCUUUCGGUCGGCCUCCUCCUUCACUCACCGCUUCAUCAGGUCCAUCGCGCAAGCAGCAAUCUUUCUUAUCCCGACCACAACCCUCGGCCGCUGCCAAAUCGGCAGAACUCACAGCUGCUGAACGUGUGCAUUUCAGUAAGAUAUCGUCAUCGUUCGGUGCUAGGAUGUUAGCCAAACAAGGUUGGGAAGCUGGUAAAGGUUUAGGUGUCCAGGAAGACGGUCGAGCGGUUCCGAUUCAGGUUGGAAAGGUGUUUAGAGGUCAAGGUAUUCAGAAAGGAAUGAGGACGGAGGAUAGUAAGAGAGAAGCGAGAAGGCAAGGUCAUGUUUUCUCAGAUGACGAGGAUGAGAAGCCUAAGCGAGGUCAACGUGGACGUGGACCUAAAGUACCGAAGGAAACUAAAGAGGAAGUGGAACAGGGUUGGAAGAAGCAAAAGAGAGUCAAGGUCAAGGUGGAGCACAAGACAUACGAGCAAUUGCUAGCGGAAGCUGGUGACACCGCAACAUCUGGAGGAGUCGGUCUGGUACUUGAUGCAAGAGGUGGAGAGCUCAAGGAAGUACAAUCACUAUCGUCACUCUCACUAUCGACAUGGACACCAUCCUCCGAUAAUAUGAAGUUACCUGAACUGCGGCAUAAUUUACGUCUGAUCGUAGAUGUAGCAAAGGGAGAUGUAGAAGGACUGAUAAGGGAAGGAAAAUCGGUCAACGAGAGGAGAAGGUGGGCUCUGAGGGAAGAACAGGUAUCGAGAGCUAAAGUGGAGGAGACUGAAAAACGUCUGGCUCGAAUCACGCAGAUUCAAGCAUUAGUUGAGAACAUUUCGAGUAUCGCGGUUUCGCAAUCGGUGGCUGCCAAUCCUUCGUUGGCACCUCUCACAGAUGACUUCAACGCAUUAAUCAAUGAUUAUGGAGACGAGUACAAAUCUCAGUCAUUGGACGACGUUGUAGUAGCUGCCAUUGCUCAAGUACAACGACGUGCAUUCUCGGAGUGGGAACCUUUCGACGUGUCAACCGAUAUACUGCUGUCCUCACUCAAGACGUGGCGAAAAGCAUAUAAUCUGCCGAGGUCAGACGAUCCGGAUGAAUUUGCUCUUGCUGUCAACGGUGCAGACGGUAUUGGGCGAGCUGCCCACAAGCAGGAGAACGGGGAAAGGACGAUGAGUGCGUGGGAAAGUCUGCUCUGGUCGUUGUGGCUUCCGAAAGUCCGUUCUGCGAUCAAUAACGAUUGGGACCCUUCUUCUCCGCAUGCGGCAGUGCACCUUCUCGAAUCUUGGGAACCGAUAUUACCUGCUUUCAUCCGCGAUAAUGUCAUGGACCAAUUGAUUCUCCCCAAGGUCAAAGCCGCUAUUGAACAAUGGGAUCCAAGAAGAUCCAAAUAUGGUAAACAAGCGGGAUCCCUUGCCAGUAUCGUCUUCCCCUGGCUACCACUCUUGGGAGACCGAGGCGACGAUAUCUUGGAAGGCGCCAAGCGACGUAUACGAUCUGUGUUACGAAACUGGGUUGUCAAAGAUGGGGUGCCAGACGAGCUCGCUCGAUGGAAAAAGAAUGUCUAUCCAUCGAGCGAGUGGGACAAACUCAUCAUACAAUUUGUCUUACCCAAACUCGGUGCUUCGCUUCGAGAUGACUUUUCUAUCAAUCCGAGAAAACAAGAUCUGGUCCCGCUCGAAGAUUGGGUCAUGCCAUGGCACAAGCUUCUCCGACAAUCCAUGUUCUCGCAUCUGCUGGAAUCUGAAUUCUUCCCUAAAUGGUUGGAUAUCUUAUAUAUCUGGCUUGUACAACCCGCUUAUAAACCUGAUGAAGUAGCCAAUUGGUUCGUUUGGUGGAAAGGACGAUUCCCCGAGGCAGUGCUCGAAAUGCCAGGUAUUAAUCGUGGAUUUAACACUGGUCUGGAAUUGAUGGAUCAAGCUAUCAAAUUGGGUAACGAUGCACCGCAUAAACUUGUCAAACCGGAUUUCAAACCUCUUCCACCGUCAAGUAAGACCACAUCUUCGAAAUCGAACAAACCUAAAAACACCAUUCAAGAAAUCAAGAGGCCACUCGUUGAAUCGAUCCCAACUGAGAUUACAUUUAGGAGUAUCGCUGAAGAUUUCGUUUCUCAACAUGAUCUCAUAUUCUUACCCAUUGGUAAAUCCCACGCUAAGACUGGUAAACCUCUAUUCAAGAUAUCCAAGAAUGUCGAUGGACGUGGUGGUGUCACGGUUUAUAUUGGUGAUAAUGCCGUUUUCGCUCAAGGUGAAGAUGGGGAUUUCAGAGCUGUGUCUCUGGAAGAUAUGGUCAAGAGAGCAGGGGCUUAA